UUUGACCAAAUCUUUAAUACUUGUCACCAGGGAUAUUAUAUCUUAUAAAAACCGAAGUAUACAUGGUGAAAAAGUUCACAAAAGCCUAGUCUCUCUUACACCAUGGCUCCAAAAAUGUGGGAUCUUCUCUCUGAAUCUAAACGCAUAAUAAAUUCUCAACCUCGUCACUACCUUAAUCUCUACCUCAUCUUCCUCCUUCCCCUCUCUUUCCUCUCCCAAAUCUUCAAACACCUUCAACAGCAACCACCCAGAAACCACAGCACAAUCACCUUUUUAUCUAUCAUCUUCUUACUUAUCUCUUCCAUCUUCAGUUAUGGCGCCGUCAUCACCAUCACCUACAGCGUCUUCCACGCCUUCUUUGAUCGACCGGUCAAACUAAAAGAAGCCAUCAAAUCCAUCACCACUUCUUUCUUCCCCCUCUUCGCCACCAGCAUCAUCACUUAUACUCUCUACUUUUUUGUUUCUUUUUUCUUGACGUUUCUCAUUGGAAUUGUAUUGUUUCUCAUCGUUUAUCUAGGCAAUAUCGACCUCAUAAGAGUCAUAGCUAACCCUCAAUUGAUUGCUAUAGUUUUGAUGCUUGUUAUAUUCCCUCUUAUCUUGUAUUUGGAAGUUAACUUGAUUUUGGUGAGAGUGGUUGUAGUGGUGGAAUCAAGUUGGGGUUUGGAACCUUUGAAGAGAAGCUGGAAAUUGGUGAAAGGAAUGAAAUGGUUGGGUUUUUCAACCAUGUUCUUGUUUGUGUCCUUGCAAAUGAUAUUGGCAUGGAUAAGUAGUUAUAGUUGGGUUCUGAUUUUCUUGGUUUCUCCUAUAGCUGCUGUGCUUUCAAUUUACUAUAUUGCUGUUUGCACGUUGUUGUACAUAUACUGCAAAGAGAAACAUGGUGAAGUUGAAGAAGAACUUGAAGUUGGGAAGGAAAAGGACGAGGCUAACUUGUCCUUAAUUCCAUUGUAGAAAUGCUUGAUUUGAUUCUAUUCCUCUUAUGAGUUGUUUUAUUUUGUUUAAUCUUGUAAUGUUUCUAAGUUUGUGAUCAAUAAAUGAUUAAUUUGUCAAAAAAUUAAUUUAGUUUGGAGGAGAUAAUUUCUAGAGUAAGUUUGUAUUUUUUUGGAACUUAUGUAUUUAAUGUUGUGAAAGUUUAAUAAUUUAUAUUU